AGUAAAACCACAAUGCAAAAAAAGGGAAUGAAACAGAAGGGAAAGAGUAAAAAAGUAGAAGAGGCAGAGCCUGAAGAAUCUGUGGUGGAAAAGUACAGGCCUGUAAUGAAUGGGAAGGCGGGGCAUUUCCUCCAGUGGAAGGGAUUUACAGAUACUGACAAUACUUGGGAACCUGAAGAAAAUUUAGAUUGUCCAGAGUUACUUGAAGCAUUUCUUUUCUCAUUUCUUAAUUCUCGAAAAGCUGGUAAAGAAAAAGAUGGCACAAAAAGAAAAUCUUUAUCUGACAGUGAAUCUGAUGAUAGCAAGUCAAAGAAGAAAAGAGAUGGUGCUGAGAAACCCAGAGCCUUUACCAGAGGUCUUGAUCCUGAACGAAUAAUUGGUGCCACAGACAGCAGUGCAGAAUUAACGUUCCUCAUGAAACGGAAAGAUUUAGAUGACGCCCACUCGGUGCUGGCAAAAGAGGCAAAUAUGAAGUGUCCUCAAAUUGUAAUUGCUUUUUAUGAAGAGAAACUAACUUGGCAUUCUUAUCCAGAAGAUGAAGCUCGGUAA